UCAUAGCGGCGGAAAAGGGGUGUGUAUGUGUAAGCGCGGUGCUGCGUGCGAAGGGUGUUUGCGUGUUUUGGAUAGUAAACGUGGAGUGCGUGGUUCUACCACGGGUCUCGGUGCACCAUGACAAGUGUGCAAAAGAAGCUGGUGAAGUCCAAGAGCGGCCUCCGGAUCGUCACAGUGGGCAACGAGGAGCUGAGUCCUUUCCAUUUAGACGAGCCGCCGUGGACACCCGACCGAGAGACCGCUGAUUGCUGGCGUUGCCGCUCCAAGUUCGACUUCAUAACUCGCCGUCACCACUGUCGCCGGUGUGGCCGCGUCUACUGCAGCAGCUGCUGCAGCCGCAGGCUUCCCCUGCAGCGCAUGUGCUUCGUGGACCCCGUGCGUGUCUGUCAUGACUGCAGCCCAGCCACGCUGCGCGAGAACGACUUCUAUGACAGGCACCUGCGCCUGCUCCUUGCCGGCGCGCACUUCCUUGUUACAGUCGUGCCCGACACGAACGCUGCCCUGCCUCACUGCUGUCGGCUGUCCUUGGACCAUCGCAUCCUUGAGUUGGAGAACGCUCAGAGCAAGGAAUGCAUCGAAAUCCCCCUGGCCAACAUAUGCACUUACCGUAUUCUCAGGCCUAACAGCCCAGGAAUCACAGACUCGACAGGAAGCCCCUCAUCGAGCGAUGGUGGCCUGAGUGGUGUCAUGAUCGGCUAUAGACCACACAAAGCAGCAACCCUUGAUGCGGUCGAUGAACGGCAAGAGCUGUCGAUGGAGCAUGCACAGACGCUGCUGCACCUAGGCUUAUCUCCGGCACCUGAGGCUGCUGCACAGGGUGCCCUCUGGAUUGUUGCACUUAACAAGGCCUUCCGGAUGAUCCACAGCCCGGACGUGUCACCGGAAUGACUGCAACAGGGCCCAUUCAACAACCAUGGCGGGCACUUCCUGCUGCUGCACCCCCGCUGACUGGCGACCCUGCUGAUACGACUUGCACCGUUUCACGUCUGCAGUGCUGCUCCUGCUCUGACGUUUGGACAUUCAGCGUAUCUGCAUGGUGCCGCCUGUAUGGACCUUGUACAGUUGGGGGGGGCAAACGAUUAGAUACCAUGGGUGCCGCAAAAAGGAAUUGCAAUAGGGUAGACUGAUACAGACGAAAAGUCCAGCACACUUACUGCCGCAUGCUAUGAAAGCAUUGCAUCUGUCGAGCCUGUAAGUCCAGGCCGCGAGAGAGAUUCAGCAUCUUGUUUCCGAGACUCUUGGGGCAUCAAAAUUUUUGCUCCCUGUCAUGUAUAUGUGCACACUCUUGCGCUAUAUGCAUUGCAGAAUUGCACGUAACUUCAUAUCAUACUGUGUCUGACAUGUGCAGUGGAUGUCUUGUGCAGAGCAUGUGGUGUACUGUUAAAGAUAGCAUGCGAACUUGUCUUGGAAGGAGCCCACUGUGGGACGAGUCCAGAAGGAUCAGGCUCUGCAGGUGACCGACAUGCAGCCGAUGGUGCGGGUUGACCUGUAUGUGCACUGAUACCAGAGGACGCUAUUUCCUUCGCCAUCCAUUGCUGUAUACUCUUCCGAGUGUGUGAGCCACAGCCACUUUACCGGUCGAUAGCUCUGAGGUUGACGAGAUAAAAAAAGAAAUGUGCAUGAUGGUGUGAAAGCUUUCUUUUGGUUGGUGAUAAUGUCUCUCUUUGGACUGCAGUGCAUACAGCUUGUGUGUUUCUAGAACAACUUUAAAAAGCAUAUUUCCCACUUUACUGUUGCUUUUUCUGCACUUGACAUAUUGCAGAUAGAUUGCAUCUUUUUGGGGACAUCAUUCAAAAAACAAUUUGCAUCUUCACUUGCCUAGGUUUUCCAAAAUUUUGUUGUCUGAUAGGUGGCAAAACCAAUCAAUGUUUCUGCAGCUGCUCGCUUAUCGAAUAACAAAGUGUGCAGUGUUUUGUCUUUUCUUUCAGGAUGAACCAGGCAAGCAAACAUGCGAUGGGAUUUGCUGCACAAAGCAUACCAAAAUGGGGGGAUGGGGGGGAUCCUAUGUUGUUGCAUAAUUUCAUUGAAAAUGAAGCAGGUAGGUAUGAAGUUUUCUGCUAAAUGUGUUAAUGCAGAAACGCGGGUCGCUGUAUAUGCCUGAAAAAAAAAAUGUUGAAAAAGUCAUAAACUGUCUGUCAUUCACUGCUAUGGCACCUAAGUAGGGUGGCCUUUGAUUCAUGGUUCUAGCAAUUUGGAACAGACACGCAGUCCUUGGCAUCACUUUUUUAAACUCUCUGCUCUUGCAAUUAAGUCGUCUCUGACAGCUCGAUUCAGAUGAGGAGAAAGUGAAACUUUAUCAUGUUAUGGACAAGUGUAGUUUGUUCCUUAUGUGCGCACGUCAAACAUUUUCUUUUUCACCUGUGGGACAUUGUACAGCGAAUUUUGAGUUUCCGGUUUGCACAAAAGCUAAAUUUGUCGAGUCUCAUUUCUUUGGCUGGGGCGACAGUCCUAUGGAAGUGUAUAGGCCUUCUGCUACUGCUUCCGCUUGGUAUAGCAAUGCCCUAGUCUUCCUGCUUCGAGCGAUAUGAGAGAACUGGAAUGCUUACACAUCAAGACAUGUCUAUUUGCUGUUUUCGGCGUAGAUGCAUUGUGUCUUAGCCAUGCUUUUUUAAUGUUUCAUUCAUCACGAGCAUGCAUCUCAUGUAACGUCAACUGCCUACCUUGGUAAUAGUACAGUCCUGCCAAUUUUGUCUGUUUCAAGAAAAGAGUUCAUGUACCCUCUGGUAUUGUGCCCAACAAGUCUUCCCAGUUCUCAUCUGAGCCACUGUCAAAUUCUUCCUUUGUGGGUUGUACUAUUACUUCUAGGUGGUUGCAGAAUUUAUAUUUUCAUGAAAGGGCUCAUUCCUUUGGGGGAAAGUGGUGGUUGUGGGCAUCAGACAAGGCUUUCUGGGAGCGAAUGUGGGCGACACGCGGAAACAGGCUCGUUAGUCUGUCUAUGGUCAUUGUUACGUUCAUGCAACCUCUUGCUUUAAAAUUCUCAUUGUUUAAUUGUUGUUGCUGCUGUUCGGGAAUGAGCGUGCAAUGAUUUGUCCUACUUUACCCACAGCAAAUGCUUAUGCUUGAAAGUCGUUUGCCACAUUGGUUAUGCCUCUUUAAUUUGUUGUGCCAGACUACCUGAGUCUGCCAGAGACACUCUGUACAGUAUACCAAUGCUCAUUGACUGAGGGCAGUGCCUCGGGUAGCCUUGAGCAGCAAGUGUCGACAAUACAAAGAAGGGCACGCAUAAAUUUCUUCAGGGCAGCUUGAGAUGGUUGCAUGACUACUAGCAGUGCUACUUGUAGUCUUCCCGGCUAGCCUCACCACAAUGUGGAGGUAAACUGUUGCAUGUGUGCACUGUGAAGCAUGUAUUGCAUGAAAUUGUAGGCCCAUCGUGUUACGUCGCACAGCAUUGUACAAGAUUUCCUGAUCAAAAGUAACGUCCGUGAGAAGCAUCGGUUCAGCAAGACAGGAACAAAAAUUGGGUGUGAACAAGCAAGCUUGUCCCUACGCCUGUCGACUAUGUUACAGGUGGGUUGUAGAGGUGGCCAGCAUAGGCAUUUUUAGCACUAUUCACCACUGCACUUUAUAAUCUAGUAUACGUCAUAUGUGCAUGAUGUACACUGGAGUUUAUUUUUCUGUGUGGAAAUUUCUCUACGGAUAUCUUCGGUGUUAUUUGUCAUGAAAAUGUUAAAUUUGACAUCACUGUGGACAAAAUUUGUAAAUUCUUGGAAUGUAUAGCAGCUUGAAGUGCCUGUGCUGAUGGACCGAAAAUGAAGUCAUCUGUAUGUAUUGUAAAGCUAAGAGACAGCUAUGACAUGAGCAGAAUGUAGUGUCCAAACUCCAUUUGACAGGACGUGGUACUACUGUGGCAGAUGAGAACAUUAGGCGAAACUAUUGGAUAUUCCCGUCCAAUGUUCUACCACAUAUCCUUCAGCUGUCUUCCUGUGGGCUUUGGUGAAUCAUGCAGUGCAUAUUUGGUAGAAGCGCACACUCUUUUUGAAGUAUGCAAACGUGACAAACACUUAUAACGCUGCUCAGACAAGUAUUUGUCACUGCUCAGACAAGCUAUAAGUGUUAGCAGAUGAGGGCAUGUCAGGGCCUUCAGCUGUACAUGCCUGACACUCAUUAUUUCCACCAUGUUGGCCUGUUUCUUCCGUUAACUGUUAAAUUUAGCUUCAAAAUGUGAGAAUUGUUUCAAAUUAUCUUACCCAAACAAUACAAACAGAACGGCUGCUGCCCUUGAGCAGUGCACGCUGUUUUUGAUAAGGUUGUAGCUACUUGGGGUGCAGUUCUAAACACUCGAUUCUGUAUAGCCUAUGUGCAGAGAUUUUUGUGGAGCUCAUUGGGACAAUCACUACAUAUAAUGCUCUGAAAAAAAAAAAAACUGUAAUAAGCAGGUGUUUCGCAUGCAAAUAGCUAAUUGCCAUUGGACAAUGCAAGGCUAACAGAGAACUGAUUUUUUAUUUCUAAAGAGUCGUGCAGCCGACUGUUCUCUAGCCCUUUCGGCCCUUGUGGUGUCCAUUGUGAAUGACAGAAACCAUCCCACACAAUUCAUGAAACCAAGUAAAUAGAAAAAGUUAUGCUUUCCAUGUGAAGCCAGUAUAGUCUUGAGACAAUUUCCAGAAAUUUAGGUAAAAUGGAGCAAGACAACCAUUCUUCUGCGGAAAAAGAAAACUAAGAUAAUAGUAGUAGCAGUAACAGUGUUCCUAUCACUUUAGGACGUCAUCAGCACCGUACAUUUGGGGCAUCUGGCUUCAAAAUUUUAUUGUACAAUAAAAAUAUGUUGGAAUAGCAGCUCAAAAAAGAAUUUGAAAAAAGUGAUUUUUACGACUCAUAUACGAGGUACAUUCUGAAAGUAAGUUGUCAUUUUUUUUUAAAAAAGAAGAUGGUACACCAGUUGAAACAAACAAUCGCCAUAAGAAUCUCCACCCGUUGCUGGCUCAACGACGGAAGCACUGUCAGCGUAAGAGGGAUGAGGCAUGCGCAGAGUGCCGAAGAAGAGAGUAGCAGCAGACAGGCAUGCCCAUGGUUAUUAGAGUACAAAUCACGGUAGCAGACGGAUGUGUGCUGACAGCAAGGUCACCAACGAAAGUGCUUGCUGUUAUCCGGUAUCAAUGAGCACCUGUUCCCUGCAUUGAAAGACACGCUUUCAGGACGUCGCUUAGAAAACAACACCGAGGUGGAGCAAGUUGUGCGACAAUUCCUUGCAUUGCAGGGCACCGAGUUUUACCAGAGUGGUUUCUUCAAACUGACUGCAUACUACGACAGAUGCCUCAACGUCGGUGGCGGCUAUGUGAAAAAAUAGUGCAAGGUGUAUAGUUCAUGAUGCCAUGGUGUACUUUUUCUUUUUUUGCGAUAUAUUUCCCGUGUGAAAAUAAAUGACGAAACGUACUUUCGCAACAUCCCUCAUAA